UACGCGAUCGUGGGAUGGUUUGCUCUGUCGAAACAUGGGAAGCCGUCCGUGAAAUAAUGACUAUUCGACAUUGUUAGGCGCCGUUCUGAAGAAGUACGUCGUAGCACGGCAGUACCGGCAGCCUAGUUUGCCGCAAACAAAACGAUGGAUGACGAAUCGAAGGAGACUCUGCGCUCCAAGAUUUACUGUGCCGCUCGCGAGGGUCUCCCAGUGACUCUGUUCGCCCUGCUGGCCAGUGUGCCAAAAUGCGAUUACCGUGAUUACCUAAGCUCUCUGGUGGUGGACAAGGAACAAAAAUGCACUCCGCUGCUCAUCGCAGCUCGCAACGGACAUCGGCCGGUGGUGCAGACGUUGCUGGAAAACUUCGGUUCCGCGGUGGGACUGGAACAGGAGGGCACCGUCCAAUUCGACGGAUACGUCAUCGAGGGCGCAACUCCCCUAUGGUGCGCGGCCGGUGCAGGACACCUGGACAUCGUCCGCUUACUCGUGCUGCGCGGUGCCGACGUGAACCACCCGACGCGCACGAUAUCGACGCCGUUGCGAGCGGCCAGCUUCGAUGGGCGGCUGGACAUCGUUCGCUUCCUCGUGGAGCACGGUGCCGACAUCCACAUUCCCAAUAAGUACAACAACACUUGUCUCAUGAUCGCCGCCUACAAGGGCCACUUGGACGUUGUGCGCUACUUGCUUUCGCGCGGUGCCGACACUAACACGCAGGCGCUAUGCGGUGCGACAGCGCUGCAGUUCGCUGCCGAGCACGGGCACUUGGACAUAGUGCGCGAGCUGUUGGAAUGCAACGCCCGCAUUCUGGCCAACGGCAUCGGCAUGACGCCUUUGCUUGCCGCCGCAGAGCGCACGAAGGCCGAAGUGGUGGAGUACCUCGUCAAGCAGCCGUGGUGCACGCGCCGCGAGAAGAUCGACGCACUCGAACUGCUAGGCGCGUCUUUCGCGAACGACAAGGACAACUACAGCCUGGAGCGAGCUUUCCGCUACCUCGAGCUGGCUAUGAGGGAGCGGGAGCGCGAGCCCCGGCUUCAAAAAGAGUGCGGCCCGGUUGUGGCAGCGUACGACUCGCGCGUCGAGUGCGCUACGCUCGACGAACUGUACAGUAUCAGGGACGACCCGCAUGCCCUGCACAUGGAGUCUCUGGUGAUCCGUGAGCGCAUCCUGGGACAGCACAACCCGGAGCUGCCACACCACGUUGUCUAUAGGGGUGCAGUGUUUGCUGACAGUGCAGCAUUCGAUCGCUGCUUGCAACUAUGGCUGCAUGCUCUUCGACUGCGAUCAGCUGCCAGGCUUCCUCUGCGCAAGGACUUACUGCGAUUUGCCCAAGUUUUUAGCCAGAUGCUGCACAUUGGAGUUGAAGUGCCACCUGGUGCAGUCGCCCAGAUUUUGUCGGCUUCCAUUCACGAACUGGAGUCCGGUUCCGAUGAGGACAAUGAUGCCAAUAUGCUGACUUCCCUGUACUUGUUGGUGGUAGUGGGCAAGCUCCGCUUCACUUCGGCUAGUCAGGAGCACGAGCUCAUGAGGCUCAUCUACCGCCUUGUUCAGUUGGGCCGGGUGACUAGGGACGGGUGCACGCUGCUGCACCUGUGCGUGAGUGCUGAUACACCAGUGGACGAUUUCCACACCAAGAACAUCUGCCACUUCCCAUGCACCGACACAACUAGGCUGCUGCUCCGUUGUGGUGCCGACCCGAACGCAGUUGAUGCCAGGCGCAACACACCCCUGCAUGCCAUCGUCACGUACCAAAAGCCAAUCAGUGACUUUCUCACACUGCACUCCAUCAUUGUGGCCUUGAUUGAGGCAGGAGUGCACGCGGAUGCAACUAACGCGCGCGGAGAGACGGCGGCAGAAGCGGCAACAACGGGUGUUGCAGAGGUGAUUCUGCGCACUCAGACCCAAGUGACUUUGCGCUGCCUGGCUGCACGUGCCGUGGCCAAGUAUGGACUGAGCUAUCGGGCGGGCGAGAUCCCACGAUCUCUCGUCCACUUUGUGGAAAUGCAUGGCGGCCGAACACGGCCCCUGCCACGACCUGGUGCUGACUGAGAAUUGAGACACGUGAUUUCAAAGUUUAAAAAAAAAUUAAUAUACACUGUACUUUGAGGUAAACUUAUCAACAUCUUGUUCGUAAACCAGAGCUUCUGUCGCUACUUUCAUGAUAUUAAAUUUUGUGUUUUGCCACCACUCAUUACCUUCCUGUUCCGUUUCCCCUGAGGCAGGGGCGUAGCCACAAAUUUUUUUCGGUGGUGUGCACUUCCUUGAUCUGAAGUGGGGUUAGGGCAGGCAGAUGUGAUUGAGUGUCUUUUCGGGCUCUGUAUGCCAUGGCAAAAGAAAUUUCAGGGGGGGGGGGGUCAUGGGCCUGGUGCACCACCCCUGGCUACGCUACUGCCCCGAGGGGAUUCUUCACGAUAAAGUGGUCUAGGUUGUUUGUAUAUUCCAGGUGGUAAAUGAGGCUUGUUGAAUGAGCAGCUGUGUGGUGUAGCCUUGCUACUAAAAGCCUAGUUUUUUGCGGUGAUAACUCUUACUUAUUUAGACAGUGGCGCAAAUAUGCAACAUGAUGCCGAACUGUUACCUGGUGGGAAGAUCAGUUUGACCUAGCUUGGCUGACCAGAUAAUUAUCAAAACUGGUAUACCGCUACAAACACGUGUUUCAAUUCAGCUAAAUCGCCUUCUUGAUCUGUUCUCAAGCUGCAAAUGUAUUUUAGUACUCAGAACUUUUAAUAUAUAAGUAAAAACACUGUGAUGCUUACAUAAAAGACAGCCCUUCAUAGGCUCUUGUUUAUUCUCGUAUAAUAUACAUGUUAUAUUUUCCUGUGAUUGUUAGGAGUAUCACGCACUCUAUGGAGAGAAAAACUCUGGUGGCUUAAAUGAAAGAGGCACAAAGCAAGGGGGUAAUUACCUCUUUUCUGUGCAUAAUAUAGAGAUAUCACAUUUUAUGCUUGCUGCUUUUUGUUGUAAUUCCUGUCCAUUUCAUAUAUUAAACCAGUGCUGCAGUGUAUUUAUUCCCUCACAGUUGAACAAUGAAGAAAUAUUAUUUUUUCAGUGUGUUAUUUAUUUAUUCUAUAUUUCUGAAUAUAAGCCACAUGUUGCUGGCCAACCAAAUGGGAGUUCAACUUUCCUUUAGAAGUUCUUUGACAUGUGAUGAAUUUUUGACAUGUCCUUGUAGUUUUGUGUAAGAGCAUAGGAGAUGCAAUCUGUAUUUCUGUCCUAUCAAAUUUUCAUGUUGAUUGUGAAGUUCAUUUGGCAUUGUGCUAUCUAUGCUUGUGUUGCAGUAUGUAAUGUGUGUAAUUAAAUGCCAGAUGCUUCUUACCUGUUUACAGUGUUUUCAAAAUAUUUAUUGCUGCAAUUAAAGAGUGAAAUCUC